CUACACUUCCCUUGACGUUUGAAUGUAUUGGGUCUGUGUAAGUUACUAUAGAGAUGGACGGUUUGCUUUCCACUUUCUAAAUGUAAAUGGCCUCCAGACAGUCUAGGGUGUUUGCGGCCGUAAUUCCAUCUGAGGAUAUUUAUCGUGAUGAGAACGAAGACAGCAACAGAAGCGGCGGCUUUAUGCAUGGCGUUAAGGCUAGCAGCGGGCAGCGUCCAUCCGCGGAGCGGGAGAUUCAGGUGACCGGCACGGCACGGCUGUCGACGCUCCCGGACCGGGCGAGACUUUACCUGCGGGUUAGCAGUCGCAAAGAUUCGGCAGCUGAGGCGAAGAACAGCGUUAGCAGGAGGCUGGACUACAUUCUUAUGACUCUGAGACAGCACGGACUUCAGGAGGAAAAUGUUAAGGUAAUAAAAGAUAUCCGAAGAUUUGAAACGGCAUACUGCAUGGAUGCAGAGGUCUGUGCUAUAUUUGCAGAUUUAGAAAAGAUGCAGAAUGUUGCAAAUUUAUUUGUGGAGAAGCUCGACAGCUCAGUUGUAGUUGGCAGUCCUGAAUUCUACCAUACAACUGAGAAUCUUGAAAAAGUGAGACGCCAGGCAUUCCUUGCUGCUGUGGGGAGCGCAAAGCAUAAAGCAAAGGAGGUCUGCCGUCUUGUGAAUCAGUCACUGGGAAGACCUGUAAUCAUAAAAGAAGAAGAAACAAAAGAGUGGGAAGGUCCAUCUGAAGAGGGUACCGAGGAGAUGAGGCCAUCCAUUCAGCCAACUGGGCAACAGCGAUUGCAAAAUGCUAGUGUAAUUGUCACCUCAAAAGUGUUUGUAUCCUUUGAGAUAAAGCCAAAAGAAAAGGGCAAAAAACACACAUUGUAAGUUUUAUUUUAAGGCAGAUUUAAUAUUUUCAAAAUGUGCGAAAGAACUGUAAAGAAGGCCACAUAGUAAAUAUACAAAUAUAUUUUUUUCUUUACAAAAAUACUGAGAUGCAA